UAAUGUGCAUGAAAGGAAAUAAUUCAAUUAAUAACAUUGGAUUUUGAACCAUCUACACAAAGAAUGUACAUAAGUAAGAACGGUAACUUAAAGUCAAUACGAUUGGUGAUAUAAUUAAACUAAAAGCUGCCGCAACAAUUUUGUGUAGAGCAAUAGAAAUAAACGAGUUGAUAUGUAUCGCCCACCACCUUCGCUAUUUUAUCAGAUUAUAUCCUCGAAGUAACUCGAAUCACCGCUGGGGCGUUGUCAUUCGGUUUUACGGAACGUGUUGCAAUGAUUGCUAUAAAAGAAACCUUAUUCAUAGCCGUGCUAUUGGCUGUGUCGGUUGUGAACGUAAGCGAAAGAAUUCGUCACCGGAACAACAUCACCACUUACAUUCAUUCUUUGUCAAAGUCUGCAAUUAAAGUCAUAAAAGAUGUGGACAAUGAAAGUUUUUUAACAUGCAUCAGCAUUACAACAGCAAAUAGUCAAGAGAGCGCUUGGCAGCACACAGACAUAAUUAAUAAUAUUGCAGGUGGGGUGAUAAAUGGAAUGUCAAUAAUUUCUUCAAACGAUGCCAACGGUACCUUUGAUAUUACAUCGUUCAAAGAACGAAAAAGUUUUAAUAUUCUUGUGGUGGAUGGCUUGAAUGGAUUUCGAGUUCUAGCCAACCAAAUUCCAGUUGGAAAUUUUAAUUACGAGGGAAAAUUUCUGGUGAUCGUUAAUAAUGUUAUGAUCGAUUACAUGACUGUAGUGACUGAAAUCUCUCAGCGUUUCUUUUACGACUACAUCGUAAACAUAAACAUAUUGAUUCCUAAUCCAUUGUUGAACACACAAGUGUUUAUGUUCACUUACCAUCCAUAUAAACCUCUCAAGUGUUCGCGAUGCAACGUCGAGCUGUACAAUAUAUUCGAAGACAAAACAUUUCUGAGCAAUAAAACACACUUUCCGAAUAAGCUGCACAACUUUUACAAUUGUACAAUAGUGGUGGCUGCUUUCAACACAACACCCUAUGUAAAUGUGGUUAAGGACAAAAAUGGAAAAGAAAAACUGGUUGGUUUUGAGGGAAAACUAUUCAGCACAGUGGCAGAUAUACUGAAUUUGAACAUUGAGCUCAUCAUACCACCUCUGAAAUGGGGUGUUAUCUAUCCGAAUAGAACGUUUACGGGUGCGUUUGGACUGUUGCAUCACAAUAAAGCAAAUGUAACUCUCGGCUCAUUUUUUCAUCGUUACAAAACGUUUGAAAUGUUCGAUCUGACUUUGAGCUAUCACAACUCGUACUUGUGCAUCGUCAUACCUUCUGGUCGACCGUUCACUUCUUUAGAGAAAACAAUGUGGCCAUUUCGUAAAAGCGUCUGGUACGCUAUUCUAAUUAUACUGGUUUUUAAAGUGGUUAUCAUCCAAGGCCCGAUCAAGAUCUUAUCACUGAAUCGACAUUUGGACUGUAUUGACUUUCUCGAUUACGUUCGAAUUUAUCUUGGGCUCAACAUAACUCAAUAUCCUACCAAAUUUCUUUCGAAAAUAUUUGUGGUCGGAAUGUUCUUCUAUGCAUUGAUACUGCGAAGCUGCUAUCAGAGUUCACUGUUCCAAUUCAUGACAUUGAUGAUUAACGUUUCUGCUAUACGCUCAGUGAAUGAACUCAUCGAAGAGAACUUUCGCUUUCAUCUGAUUGAACCAUUAAUGUUCGUAUUGGAAACUUUGCCUGAACUGAAGUCAAGAUCGGUCUUUGUUAGCGAACAAUUUGAACAUAAAUUGAUGGAGGAUGAAAGAAUCAACUGGGACAGAAAGAUUGCAGUUAUUACAACCAGAAAUCAUGACUCUGGUGCUAUGAUCCCAAUUGCUGAAAAUAUUUAUCAAUUGUCCAUUGCAAUGGUUCUGCGAAGAAAUUCUUAUUUUACCGACAGAAUCAAUGGCAUCAUCUAUAAGCUAUUCGACAAUGGCUACAUAUCAAAAUUGAAUUUAAGCUUUAAAAAGGAGAAUCAGAUACAUGGAGCAUCCGACACUGGACUACUUUCUUUAGAUGAUGUGGUUGGAUUGUUUCGAAUUUGUUUCGGUGGAUAUUUGUUGGCUCUGGCUGUUUUUGGUUAUGAAAUUGCUUCAAUGAUUUUUCAGAAGUGGAAGACGGCGGAAAGCAGAAAGAAAAUGGUUUAUUCUACUCGACAACGUCUCAUUUAAAGUGUGAAUUUUCAAAUUUUUUUUAUGACAAAACACAUCUUUUGGAGUGUUUUCAAUUUGUGUAACGCACGAUUACACAACGUUUUAAGUGCAACAAUAACAAAUGAGCAUAAAUACUAGAAGUCAUCUGGGGAAUAUUUUAAAUUCUGUAUGGCCGUAAGUUAGCGAUUGUAACAUUUCAUUGAAGAAAAAAAAACUAUUUU